AUGAUUCUCGCCAAUAUUUCAAUGUUAUGUGGUAAGAGACUUCGACGGGUCUGGGAGGAGGGGGGUGUUUCCGUUGGCCAGGUUAGAUCGAUGGAAACCCUCAAUCCAAGUGCUCUUUUUCAUGACCCGUGGGAACAAAGGGAGCAAACUCGCAGUCAUACAUGGAGGGUUGUAUAUGCAGGAACUUUCAAACUGGGCAAGACAGUAUUGAAGCCAGGAUUCCAUCUAGUUAUGAGCACCAAGACUGAAUUCGGUUGUCCUCUGACGAUUGGUAGUAUCUGGAUAUAA